AUGGAGAAUGGAAAAUUAAAAGAACGUGCUCUAAAUGGAUUUAGACUUCCUGUUAUAGGGCUUGAUCUAUCUCUUGUCGCUGUUGGGGCUAUGUUUUCAUUUACAGCCCGAGGGCGGGCUCUGAGUAAAGCCAUCACAGGGGAUGCAGUUUUGGACUACGCUAUGCUGACCAUGGGAAUCACUUUGAUUGCAUUAAAGGUUAUUUCGUACGUGUACAGCUCGCCCAGCGUGUAUACCGCAAAGCAGAAGAACGAAGUGGCGAUGCUGGAAACCAUGCUGGGCAUCAUGGGAAUUGCAGUGAUUGGGGCAGUUGGCGGGAGCCCCCUAACCAUUGCGCUUGCUGUGGGAAGUGCUCUUAUGAUAAGAGGCAAUGGAGUGCUAAAAUACACGCUUUCCAUAGUUGCCGUGGGCAUUGUUGGCGUCUUUAUAGCGACCGGGCCUGCCAUGCCGCAGAGCAUGAUUACGCUUCUGGCGGCUUUGGGGACAUCGCUGGCUAUCCUGGGGUCUAUCCGAGUGGAGUCGAUUGUUAAAAACAGCAGCGCAUCAAUGCUUGGCCACUAUUUUGUUCUUAUAAGCAUGCUGCUGGGCGCAUUUAUAUACACUCCCCUGUCCUUUAUUGUGAUCCCGCUGGCUCUGACCGUCCUUAUAAACUACUCGCACCUGAAGAAGACAAUCUACAAAAUACCGUUUGUGUUGAAAAUCGAAAAUCUGGUCAGAAAGUUUUACAGCAUAAAGAAGGUCCGGAGCAUCACGACUUUAAUGGUCAAAAUAACAAAGGCCCUCGUGGUUUUCGGGGUGAUUUGGCUGGUGGGAAUACAUUUCAUUGCGUGGUACAGUAAUAACCCGUGGGCCAUGCGCCACAUAAAAGUUAGAGUGAGCAAAGGCUCCCCCAUCUUCCUGUCAAUAUCCCAGCUGGUCGCCAGCGUGCUUAACGGGGUGUAUGCCUUUUUUAACGAGUACAUUGGAUACCUGAGGCCUCUAAAUUUGGCGAAGUAUUUGCUAGAGUCGGCCGGCAUUGACCCGACAGACAUGUCGACCUCCCGAAGCAUUUUCAGCACAAUUCUAGUAUACAUCUACAAUGUUGUUUUUUGGGCUGACUUUAUAGUGGAAACCACAAUAAAGGCCGUGGUGAGGCUUUCGAUACAAAUGGGCUCCAAGGGGGUGAAGGCUGUCGGCUCCGUUUUAAGAAGCAUAAGAUCCCUUUAUUAUGCAUGGAAAACCUGCACGAAUUUUUUGGGAUAUCUAAAGUCUAGGAUUAUAAACUUCGUGAUGAUAGAGAGGGAUGUGGUUGUAAAUGCCUCAGCACAGAAAUCUUCUCAUGGGUUAAGACACAGGAUCUGGCCGCAGAUAAAAAACACAUUUGGCUGGAUGCUGCCUAGUGUGCUCGGAGGCUCUACUAAGACAGGCCUGGAAAGCGUGCCUAGGCCCGUGCCCAAGGAUAUGCUCCUCAAAUCAGACAAAGUGCUUGUGGGAAACUCGCUGACAAUUUUGUACGGGGUUUUUGUAAACGUAUCUGUAGCGCUGUUUGGAGCAUACGGGUACAUGCUUUUCGACACGCAUGGAAAGGACAUGGCCUCGGCCAAGACAUUCUCCAUCACACACUACGGGAUUAGGCCGUACAUGGGAGAAGAACUUUUGGACGUGCCGCUCGCUGUAAAUGCCGUGCACAGAGGAAACUUCUACCAGAAGUUCUUCGAUCUGUACUGCGACCAGAUGGGGGUGUUUUCGCAGCUAAACGACAACGGCGCAUUUAUUCAGACAGAAAUAUGCAAAAACAGCUCGUACAAGACGUACAACCCCCUGGAGAAAUACACGCGGGACCAGGCGUGCAAGCCCAUUGGGUCUUUUGAAAACGAGCUGCAGAGCAAAAUCCGGGAAAUAGGGGCGGUUAGCGCCAGAUUCACAGAAGAAGAAAAGGCCGGGCUGAAGAGCAUUCUGCAGUACUUCCCGUCGGCAAACAGCCGCAGCAGAUACAUGCCAGAAGAAGAAAAGCUGAAGAAAAAUCUGAGCGACGCCAAAAACGCGAAGCACACCCCGUCGAAGGUAAAGCCGUCCUUCUUGCAAAACGUUUUCAACCUCAAAACAGAGGGCGAAAAACUAGUAGCCAAGGUGGAUGCGCUAUACAAGGCUGCGCAGUCGAAUAUGCUGGAGUAUUACAGAAAGUACUACUAUAACUUUUUUAUACUCGGGCAGUACUUUGCAGACAACAUAAACGAAGACAUCCACCACACAGUGGGCGACUCUGUUGUGCGGCUGUUUAACAGCAUUCUUCCGCUGAACUAUGAAGACAUAAACGACGAUUAUUUUGUGUCUAUUGUGCGCAUGCGGACAGGAAUCAUAAGGAGAGAGCUUCCUUUCAUAACGGAGGAGCAGUCUGCGCAGGUUUUCCACAAGAACCUCAUGCAGACCCUGCAGGUAUCCGCCAACGGGCCGCAGCAGAGCCCCAAGGAAGAGGGCUUCUUCAUAAAAAACGUGUCGGCAAAUAUUAACCCAGAUGCUGUGUUUGAGGACGACACUGACCUAUUUAUAUACCAGAAGCUGGAAAAGCUGGAGAAGGACAAGGAGAAUAUGUACUUCAAGUGCACAAUUUCAAGGAGUCCUAACACAUACAUGGACCCGUACGUUAUAAGCGGCGGGUCUGGCAUAGAUGUUUCAAUUAAAAACGACGACACCGCUGUCGUUUCUAUUUCUAUAAACGGAAGGCCUAUUCAUGCGCAAGUCGUUCCCGACAGCUGCAUUAGAAAUAUUUGCGUGGAUAUGGCCAUUCCACUUGAGAGUGUUAGAGAGCUGAUUUCCAACAACUUGACAGACGAAAAAACUGUGCGAGUAACGCUCCGCCUCUUUGUGGGCCACACAUCUCUUGUCAGAGCAGAAACGUACGAAAUGUCUUUAGAAUAA